ACUUGCUGGGAUCCAAAGCGCUCCAGGGAGCUUGUUCUGCGUGCCAUAACCUACUCAUAGCAGCCAGGGAUGGUGCUUCAUCGGGCCAUCCAGGCGGCUCGAGCAGGGGAUCUCGCCACCCUGAGGGAGCUGGCAUCCUCUGGUCACCUCGCACCUGCCAUCACUGAUGCACAAGGUGCUGGCCCAGUGCACCACGCAGCAAGGUGUGGACGCCUGGAGUGCCUGCAGUUCCUGGUGGGCGAGCUGGGGCUGGCGGCUGAUGCCCGGGCCUUGAACAGGGCCACACCGGCACAUGAUGCAGCAGCCACUGGCCACAUCCGGGAACUGCAAUGGCUGGUAGACCAAGGAGGCUGCAACACUAAGGAUAAGGAUGCUGCUGGUGCCACCGGGCUCCACCUCGCAGCCCGGUUCGGUUGUGUGGAGGUCAUUAGGUGGCUGCUUUCUGUUGGGGGAGGGGCCGAGGUGGAGACAAACUGUGGGGCUGUACCUGCUCACUACGCCGCAGCCAAUGGGGACCUCACCUGUUUAAAACUUCUGGUUCAGCAGGCACCUGGGAGUGUGAACCGCCAGACUGUCAUCGGUGCUACUCCGCUCUAUCUGGCCUGCCAGGAAGGCCACCUGCACGUUGUGGAGUACCUCGUGAAUGUCUGCGGGGCUGACGUCCACCUGAGGGCCCACGAUGGCAUGACCUGCCUGCAUGCUGCUGCUCACAUGGGCCACCAAGCUGUGGUGGUGUGGCUGGUGACCUGUACUGAUGUCAGCCUUUCCUGGCAGGACAGAGAUGGAGCGACUGCUCUGCACUUUGCUGCCAGCAGAGGGCACUAUUGCAUCUUGGAGAGGCUUCUUCACAUGGGUUCAAAGGUCAUCAAGGAUUACUGGGGAGGGACCCCACUACAUGAUGCUGCAGAAAAUGGAGAGCUGGAGUGCUGUAAAAUCCUCUUGGCCAAUCAAGCAAACCCUGCAGACCAAGAUAUUGACGGGUUCACAGCUGCAGACUUGGCAGAAUACAACGGACACCAUGAAUGUGCCAGAUACCUCUGUGCCAUGGAGAAAAAUACAGCCUGUGCAGAUAAGCCCAUCGAGGUGAUUGCGCCAGUGGGGGAGGAAGUGAAGGUGAAGCCGGCUGUGUUGUUUCAGCGCAGCAGGGAGGACUACUACGGCUGCCUGAGUGAGACAUGCAGGGACAGUUACAGCAGUAACACACCCAUGGAUAGUUUAAAGCAACCUGAGAGUGAGGAGUCCCCGCAGGCGAGAUACCCUCAGCCACCCUCUACGCCUCCCUUACCUUCUGCUUCGUCCGCACCCGGCCAGCCGGAGAAAACGGCUUCUAACAGAAUAGAGCAGGUUCAAAUCGCGACAUCUGUUAUCAAAGGUUUCAAUCAGCCCAAACCCACUGGGAGUGAGAUAACUGUCGCUUCUAAUAAGACGAUGUUGCCUGAGCCAAAUCUCCUGGGCGAAAGAAAGCUUCUCGGCGACAUGAAAUCCAUUAAAUCCUUGAAACAAUCAGGGCUAUCAGGAGUUUUCACUGGACAGGCAAACAAGAUGGUGGUCCUGCCCACUGAGGAGGCCAACUUGUCAGACAUCGACUACCUGGUGCCCACUCAUGAUGAGAGAGGCCGUCCCAUUGCUGAGUGGAAGAGGCAAGUCAUGGUGAGACAGCUGCAGGCCCGGCUGCUGGAUGAGGAGGAUCAGAGGAGGAAGGAAAAUGGGAACAGAUAUGCCAAAGUCACCUGGAGGUACUCCCAAGCCCACAACGCCAUCCUGGGCCCCUCUGGUGAGCUGCUGGCUGAGGAUGACCUCAUCUAUCUGGAGCAGCAGAUUGCCAACGUCUCCAUGCAGAGGAACUGUGAAGGCUAUGAGCUGGAGCUCGCUCGUCUAGCUGAGGAGCUCAGGCACAUCCUGCCAGCUCCCAUAGUGAACAUUACCGUCAACACACAAUUCAGAAACUUCUCGAGUCAAGUUCCUCUGCCUGUAUGGUGUGGCCGCAUCUCGGGCAUCGUAAAGAGCAUGUCUCUGCUCAUGACCAACCUGACAGAUCAGCCCUACUGCAAGAUGCCUAAUACAGAACUGAUCACUGUGUUCUCUCAGACGCCAGACAGACAGAACUCCACCAGGGGACGCCGGGAGAAGAUAGAGGAUGAAAUCCAUCAGUUUGGGGUGUCUGUAAGGACUCUGAAAUCUAAUUUUGAGACGCAGAACUCAUCUUUGUCGGAUGAGCCGGAAGAGGCCGUCAUGUUAACUUCUUCCCUACAGCUUGAGGCCACAGAGUCAGACAAACAGCCUAAAGUGUUAAGUCCAGCCCCUGAAACCGACCAGAACAGUGACUCUGGCAUUGACUAUGAUGAAAAUUUUGCAGAUGUUCUAGAGACCACCAGCCUGAGAAAGGAGCGUAUAGUCGUGCUGUUCUUAGGUCACUGGAAGAAAUCUGCCUACACUGUGACGCUGAAGAGCAAGGAUGCCGCAGAGAGGAAGAUGAGUGGAGGAAACCUGGGGAUGGGUGACAAAUCCGGGUCAAGUCGUAGGGGCAGCGUGGAGAGUGCCCAGUCAAAGAUGAUGAACAGUUCCCUGGGACAUUUCUUCAAGCAGAGGAGUGCUGUCAACAAGAUGCUGGGAAACUGGAGGAACAUGAUCUCCAGUGUCCCGUCCAGGCAGAUACGCAGGCUCCACAGACAGCAGGCCCUCUACUCCCCAGAGCACUUCCUGCCUCGUCUGGAUGGCGUGCCGGUGGAGUACGACAACCUGACCUUGGAUCUCUUCAUGCUGGGCUACUUUCACAUCCUGGAGCUGGAGCUGCCUGUGGAUGAACGCAAAAUGAGGCACCUGCUGUGUUUCGAGGUGUUCGACCACGUGGGCAGCUUUCCCUGGGAGAUGGUCAGGGACUUCCACAAGGCCGUUAUACAGGACAUUGAGGCUGGGAACCGCGAGUGGAAGGAUGGCUUCGAGGACAUUAAAGUGAAGUUCUUUGGAAACACUGUGAGUCAGUCUGAAAGCACUGUGGAAGUGGUGAAACAUAGCCUCCCAGAGGUUAGACAGGUCCCCAAAGUCUUUGUGCAGACACCCACACCUGAUGAGGGAAUGCUACACAAAGGAACUGACAUUUCCAGUUUCAGCAAUGAUGAAAUCUGUAAAUACAUCGACCGUAGUUUUGCUUUUUGGAAAGAGAAAGAGGCAGAGAUUUUUGAUUUUGAGUAGUUGCUUGUUUAAUCUUUUUGAUAUUUUUGUAUUGUUUGCAGUUAGAUGACAUUAGGGCUGGGUAUCAAACCUAAAAACUGUUUCAAUUUAGAUUUGAAUAAUUGUAAUUGUCAACUAUCCAGUACCGAAAGCUAGCACAGAAUGUUUAGCCACAUCCAUAGCGUUGUUUACCUAUUUGAUCAGAUGAUACCUGAUUUGAAUAUUAAUUUUGUUAAUUUUAUAUUGUAUUUUUUGUGUGUUACAAAAAUUAAACUCUAAUGCAUUUCAGAAGUUUGGACUUUGUUAGUGAAACAUGUUUGAAUGUAGCAAUAUAAGGUAUUUAGCAGAUAUUUUGGUACUGCUAUCAAAACUCAGGAAUCUAAUUGGCAACAUAUUUCAAACCGUACCCAGCCCUAUAACAAAGCCCUAUAACAAAAGCCAGAGUGCAGAGAGUUCUAGUGUGUUUUCCUGAGAGUCAACAUCUUUGUUUUGAGAUGAAUUAAGCUUUAAUGGUAAAUAUUCCUAAAACAGCCUAGAAUCAGUGAUCUGGCAUUAUUAAAAAAUA